AUGGGGCCCCUGUGUCCUUGCCCAAACUCAAAAAAGCCUAUGAAAAAGGUACCAGGGGCAUCUCAUGGGGCACCUACUGACCCCGGGUCCUCCAAAUGGGGAUCAUGGGGCCCCUGUGUCCUUGCCCAAACUCAAAAAAGCCUAUGAAAAAGGUACCAGGGGCAUCUCAUGGGGCCCCCUACUGACCCCCCCGGGCCCUCGGGCAGUGCCCGAGUUUCCAAAUGGUCAGUCCGCCCUUGGUGUGGAGACACUCUGCACGCGGGCAGCACACAGAGGGUUGGCAGGCCACAUAAGUGUUGGACACCAGAGGUCU